ACUCACCUCACACCUCUCUUAUUCUUCAGCGUCGACUAUGAUUGGUAUAUCCUUCUCAUCAGAUCCUUGACGCGUACCUUGCAUAUUCCCUCUUCCUCAUUGUUGAAUUCCCACCCUCCCGAGGCCCGACGCUCCAUCUCUACAUGGCUCUCUUCAUCACCCCGAACCCUGUCGCCUUCGCCCUUUAUUCACCGCCAUCUUGUCCAAGCAUCUUGUCGUGCCUGUUGCACCACCAUGUUCUGGACAACGCCUCAAGAGAGUGACAAAGACGAUCAAGACAACCAAAACGACCAGAAUGACCAAAACCAGUUGGAAUACGCCCCUCCCAACCAACACGACAUCGUCCUUGCGCGUUCUCCCCAGGGAAGAACCCUUCUGCCCGCUCCUGCCGCCGCCCUCGUCAGUGGCAUUACAGGCUUGACUUCCUUUUAUAUUCGUGCCGGAACAAAAGUUGGCGGAUGGGGACUCUACGCAACGAGGGAGGCUACCUUGAAGACCUUGUCCGUAAGCCGCAGUGUCUUGGAGACCGUCUUGAUUGCCGCUGGAAGAGAUGUAUCAUAUCGAAGUAAUGGAGAUCUCGGGAGAGCCGAGGCAGAGAACCUCCUCGAGAAAAGUAUCUCCGCCCUCUAUACAACCAUAUCAACUGCCUCUUUCAUCGCUUCAGCCAGUUUCUUCUUGACAGAAGCCUCUCUCAACUCCGUUUCUGGUCUUUCAAUCCAGGGCUUGUCAACCCUCAAUGCUGUCCUUGGCCAGACAGAGUCUUCACGCGCCGUAGCUGCCAUCAUCACCCUGAUCCGCGAUGAACUUAAUAGGCCUGAAGCCGGAAAUCGGGGAGAGGUCGUCUCCUAUCUCGAUCUCAUCACCGGCACCGUUGGCUUCGUCUUACUACAACGAUGGGGCAGGCGGAAGACACAAUUGGAUUUCAGGAAUGUCGGUGGAGAAGAGACAAUAUGGGAUGCAGUUAUUGAUGAUAGAGGUUUUCGCGCUGAUGUUGUCGGCACCAGGAGAAAAGGUUUGAUCAAUAUUCACGGCGCUUCAGCAGGCCCCACAAUGACCUUUGGAUCUCCCGACGGCGAAGAUGACUUUGAGGCCGUGGAGAGAGCAACUUUGCAUGAUGUUCAAGCCCUUUCCACCUCCCCAGACAGCCAGACUCUCCUGUCGGAAGAAGAAGUUCGAGACCUCAUCGAGAAACAGCUGCCUCCAGGCGCUCGAGCUGUCAUCACCGCCGAGACCGUCACGGCGAAAACCAUCAAAGUCGACAUCUACGACGCAGACACUACUCACAUCGAACCUCCGCCUGGCACCGUCAUGGUCGCGGAAAAGUUGAAUCACGAACAGGAAAACAAAGGGUUGGGCCGUUCUCAUCCUCGCCAGACUGUCAUAUUCCGAACCGCACUGAAACGGUCCAGCUCGACUGAUCCGCCUCUCGGAGAGCUGCUUCGGCUUACAAGUGAAGAAACUAUCCAUGAUGAUACUCAUGAACAGCCUGAUCCUGAGGACAUCUUGGAAAUGAGUCCUGUUCCAAAACGAAUCUCUAUUGCAGAGAACCCAAUACACAUCGAGCCGACCACGUUUAGCGACUCGGAUCACUCCACGGUCAUAGAUGCAGUGCAACCUCCUAUUCCUCCCAAAAUCAUCCCAACGGGGGUCAAUGCCAACGAGAAAAGAAGUCGUCGUCCAAUUCUCCCAGACCGUAAAUCAUCAACCACAAAAAUUUCAGACCACAUUCCUUUAAUGAACAAGAGCCAGAAAAAGAAGCAUCCUCAUGCAGACAAGAAAGAAGGUGGAGUCCUCAAAAAAGCACUCAAGUCUCUCAGCCCUACUCAAUCAUCUACCGCAAUCAAAGAUAUCCGAAAGCCAGACUUACCUCAGAGGUCACAACCCGCAUUCACCCAGACGAAUGAUUUGCGAAAGCGUGCAUCGUCAGUCGUACGAGGCGAUACAACACCUCGAAAAGGGAUGGCUUCUUUCAAUCACGGACAGUCACCGACCACCAGUCCAAGCUUGUACCGGACGGCCCAUCAGGAAUCGAGUUAUUUUGCCAUCCAAAAUCGAAGAAGAGAUUCAUCUGUGUCCCAGACCACCGAAACAUUUUCUGUGCAUUCCGUCGACAGCCGCCCAGGCUCGCCCACAUUUACUCGAACUCAUACCCGGGUUGUCAGUGGUCUAGCUCAGACAAAGUCAGAACUCGCUCUCUCAAUGAAGGAGGCCGACACGAAAGUAGACAUUCCCAAUGGCAGCACCCACCACCGUCGCUCCAGAUCCUUCGUUCCAAGCCUAUAUUCGAUGGCAACCCGAGAUUCUCACGAGGCCAUCAUCCUCGCACCAAAGUUUCCACUCCCACGCAAGUCAAUUUAUGAAGACCAGAACAUUUUGAAUGCCCUUGCCUCUGAGGGAAAGGUCCCGGGCAUCUUCCCGGACCGCCAUCUCGUGAGGACCGUGCGACGGUUUUCUCGCUUCGCAUCAGCAUCUUACGGUUCAAACUUCCUUCGAGUCAUGGGCCUGAGUUCCAACGAGGAGCAGUUACGAAAUUCUACUGAGCUCUUGGCCUUGAAUCUGCACCAUGAGCACGAUUCAUUCUCGUCUCACACUGGUUUGCCUCCCCACACCAUCCUCCUUUCUUCCUUUUUGGACCCCCAGGGUGUGACUGGCAACACUGAUUGGUCGCCUUCGGCCAUUUCGCCGCUGAUCCACUUCAUUUCGAUCGAUGACGAUUCCAAGGCCGUGGUGCUCACCUGCCGUGGAACUCUUGGCUUCGAGGACGUGCUCACUGACAUGACCUGUGAUUACGAUGAUCUUCUUUGGCAAGGUCAGAAGUACAAGGUUCACAAAGGCAUUCAUGCAUCUGCCCGAAGACUACUGGGAGGCAAUGGUAGCCGCAUUAUGGCCACAAUCCGCGCAACCCUGGAACAGUAUCCCGAUUACGGGCUCGUUUUGUGCGGCCAUUCGCUUGGCGGGGCUGUCGCCGCGGUUUUGGCCAUUCUGAUAUCUGAACCAUCACAAGAUGAGUCCAAGACUGGUUUUGUGACGAGCUCUAUGCCAAAACUUCUGCCUCAACGCACCACUACGAAUGAGUUCUUUGAAGAUGCAGCACGACCCAUUACGCUUCCCGCUGGACGACCCGUACACGUCUAUGCAUAUGGAACGCCAGCGUGUGUAUCAGAGCUACUCCGAAAAGCGACCCGUGGCCUCAUUACAACGAUCGUCAACAAUGCCGAUAUUGUGCCUUGUCUGUCACUCGGGAUCUUGCACGACUUUCGAACGGUGGCUUUACAUCUAAAGACUGAUACCAGUGACGCCUUUGGUUCGCUCAAGACUCGAGUUUGGCAACGCAUCAAGAAUGCCGUCAUGUCGUCCUUCUUCAACAAUUCCAAUGGACCCCCGCCUCCAGAAAAUGUGGCUGGUGAUGGCCUUGGUGAGGACACAUGGGCUUGGUCCGCUCUAAAGACUCUUCGCGCAGCAAUGAUCAAUGACAAACUGGUGCCGCCAGGUGAAGUUUUUGUGGUCGAAACCAGUCGAGUUUUUGAUCGGCUAGACCCUGAUGUGGCCAGGGAAGCAGUUUUUGGACCUGAUGAUUCCAAGGACGACCGAACCGAGAAAUUGUACCGUGCUUUGGGUCGACCAGCGACACGAGUACAAUUGAAAUUGAUUCGAGACGUGGAAACAAGGUUUGGGGAACUGAGAUUCGGACGAGAUAUGUUUGGCGACCACAGUCCUGGGAGAUAUGAGGCCGCCCUAGCGUUGCUAGAGAAGGGUGUGUGCGAGGAUUGAUUUCAAAUUAUCUACUUGAUAUUCAUGUCGGCGAAGUACGCCUGACGAUUUGAUGAUAUACGAGGGAUGGGUAAUAUCUUACAGUUGCAUGAGGCGUGAUAUAUUACUACUAGGUACUUGGUAAUGUGACGAAUUAAUAAA